AUGAGGCUGUCACACAUAGUGAAGAUGUCGCUGGGGAAUUACGCGCAAAGGCAUCACCGCAAACACGGCGUUCUCUUUACCGCUGGGCCUCUCUCUACAUCCCAAACGGUGCGGGAGGCACAGCUUGAUGACUACGGCAGCCGUGACAAGGAUUUUCUCACGGCUGUGGCGGAGGUGAGGCGCGGUGUUUUAAAAAUAGGGAAAGCUCCAGAGGCGGAAUGGGCUUGUGUGCCGAUGCAGGGAAGUGGCACCAUGGGCGUCGAGGCAGCGAUUAACACCAUCAUUCCUCCAAAUCAUUCGGGCGCUUUUGUUGUUCUUCGCAACGGGUCCUACUCCUAUCGUAUGGCCUCCAUUGUAGAGAAGCAUGGUGGAGCCGAGCUGCGGGUGUUUGACACGGAAGAGGGUGUUGACAUGGACCUUGCGGCGUUUAAAAGGCAACUUGCCGACAUAACGUCUCCCGUCACUGCUGUUGGUAUUGUCCACUGCGAGACGAGUACCGGCAUGUUUAACCCCAUUGAGGAGGUGAGUGAUAUCGUGCGUCGUCAUCACCCGGAGGCGACCAUUCUUGUCGACGCGAUGAGUUCUUUUGGUGCCGUGGACUUUUCCGUGCCGGAUGUGUGCGACAUCUUGGUGACAUCUGCGAACAAAUGCAUUCAAGGUGUUCCGGGCUUUUCCCUCGUUUUGGCACGUCGGGCCCUGCUAGAGCGAUGCCGCGGGUGGUCGCCGAGUUACACACUUGACGUCUCGAUGCAGUGGGAUGGUCUUGAGAAGAACGGCGGCCAAUUCAGUCAGACGCCGCCAGUGCAGGCCAUCGUUGCGUUUCGUCAGGCCCUACUGGAGCACGAACAGGAGGGAGGGGUGACAGCGCGUGCAAAGCGCUACAUGGAGAUGAAUCGCUACAUUGUUGACCGCAUGACGGGCGAGUAUGGCUUUGAGCUUUUUCUUGAUCCCACGAGACCAUCCUACGGUUUUGUCAUCACCGCCUUUCGUAGUCCACAGGUGCCCAACUGGAGCUUCAAUGAGUUCUACGACCGCCUCAAGGACGAGGGCUUCGUGAUUUACCCCGGGAAGGCUUCGUUUGCCGAUACUUUUCGUAUCGGCACGCUUGGGGACAUUCAUAUGCCCGAUUGUGUUGCGCUCAUGGAUGCCGUUGGGAACGUAUUGAAAAGAAUGAAUGUGUCGCUCAAAGACGUCGACCGUUGA